AUCUAAUUAUUUCAGUUUCAUGGCUGAUAAAAAUAAAUCAUAAGUGACAGGUCGUAAAAUUAUAACAUCAGAUAAUGUUACUAAAGGUAUUAAUCAUAUUCUAUACAAAAUUAGAAAUUGUCAAAUAAUUAAAUGAGAAAACAGGCUAAUAUGAAACUAUGAAAAUAGAAGUUCCAAAAUUAACUAUAGCAUAAUAAAUUGAAAAAACCACUAAUGAAAUUAAUUAAGGUAUUGUUUAUUAGUACAUUUUGUAGCAAAUGAAAUCUCAAAAAAAUUAUAUUAAUAAUCCAAUACAUUAAAAGAAUAAGUAACCAAUCUAAGGUAACUGGUGGAAGAAAAAGUUAAGUAAUAUAAAAAGGAAUAAGAAGAAAGAGAAAAAAAUUUAAUGAAAAUGAUAAAAAAUAAUAAUUUAGAAAUCAAUAUAGCUUAAAUGACUGAUGAUUAAAUUAUUGAAAGAUUAAACUAACUUGAAUCUGAACUUAAAAGUGCAUAAAAGAUUAAUGAAGUCUUAGCAAAGGAAAGAGAAGUAGCGAAAAAAGAGAAUCAAAACAUCGAAAUUACAAAAAAUAUUGAAACUUUACAAAUAAAAUUAGAGGAUAAAAAAAAAAUAUUAAAAGAAAAUAAAAAGGAAAAUGUUAUACUUACUAGAUAGAGUCAGGCUAAUUAGAAAAAACUUGAGAAAAUAGAGAAAGGAUUGGAUGAAGCAGCCUAGAUUAAUUAAUUGAAUAAAGAAUUGUGUAUUCUAAGAGAAAAAGAAAACAAAAUUAAUGAGAAAAAAAAUAAAUUCUCAACAUAAAUAUAAGAAAUCGAAUAAUUCAUCGAUUUUUAUAAAGAUAAGAUUGAAAAACUAGAAAAAGAUGAUAAAGUAAAAGAUUUAGAAGAGCUGUAUAAAAAGGUUUAAGAGAAAUGGGAAUAGAAGGAAGCCUAGUUAAAGAAAGAAGAGGGUAAAACAUUUUUAGAUGCAUUUAAAGAAAAAUCUAAAGAACAAAAACAAAAAGAAAAAGAAAAAGAGAAAGAAAAAGAAAAAGAAAAAGAAAAGGAAGAUGAACAAGAUAAAUCUAAAAAAUUUUAAAGAAUUAGCGAUUACAUCAAAGAAAAAAAGGAUGUAAGCAGCCUCAAAGCAGAUGAAUAAAAUUUCAUUAAAUUAUUUUAAUUAAAAAUAGACUUAGAAAAUUAAAAAAAAAAGAAGUAAAAGAAGAAUGAUUAGGAAAAAGAUUAAUUAGAGAGUUCAAUAAAUAAUUUAAAGCUAGAAAAAGUUAAUAUAUAGAAUGCUAUAAAAGAAAGAGAAAGGGAAAGAGAAAUGGCAGAAACAAAAGAAGUUGAAGAGAGAGAAAAAUUAGAUAUGUUGAAAGAAAGGAAGAGAAUGGAAUAAGAAUAGAAAGAGAAAGAAAAAUUAGAAAAAUAAAAAAGUAAUUAACGAUCAUAAUUAUCACCUUUGAGAGCGAAGUAAUAAAAAGAUGUUACAACAAAAGAAAAAUUAAGAAAAGAGAAAGACGAGCAGCUGAAAUAAUUUAAAGAGAAAUAUUCAAAAUUGCCAAAAGAAAAAGUAUAAUAAUUCUUGUAAGAACCAUUUAAACUUUCUUAUUAAGAUUUAGAAGAGAAAAGAAAGCGUUAAUAAUAAAAACAAGAUGAAAAAGAUGAAAAAGAUAAAGUAGAAGUCAAGGCUUUGAGUAUUAUUGAGACAGUGUGUAGAACAAAACAUAGAGGAUCUAAGAGAGACUGGUUUGGUUAUGAACCAAAUGAAUAAACAAUUUAAUGUGAUGAUGUUCACAUUUUAGGAUAGUUUUCAAUAAACCAUAGAAUCAAGAAAAUAACAAUCUAUCACAAUCCAACUGAAGGUUUAAUUUACUUAUUAUGGACUGAAUAUAGAAAGGAGGAUGGUUCUAUAAUAAGUGGAACUUGGAAUGUAAAUUAUAAAAUUAAUAAAUAUAGAUUAAUUAAGAAUUAUUAGAGAAGAAUAAGGAUAUUAAGAGAGAUGAAUUAGAUUUGAAGGAGAAUGAUAAAAUAAAAUAAAUGAUAAUUCGAAGAGAUAAUAAUUUUAUAUCAUUUAUCUAAUUUAAUACAAAAUAAGGUUAGUAAUUCAAAGUGGGAAAAGAAGUGAUGUAAGUAAUUUUGAAAUAUAUUUAAGUGAGAAACAAGAAGAGGAGAAGCCGAAAGAAAAGAGUGAUGAAUAAUAAGAUAAAAAGGAUGGUGAUGGAGUUGAGAAAAAAGAUGAUCCAGAUAGAAGAGAUCUAAAGAUUGAUAAUGUUUCUGUUCUUUUUACUUUAUUUAGUGGUUAUUCAUAGAGAAACGAAAAGGAAUUGGCUAUGAGUUACUUUGGAUAUGAAAUAGGAAGAAAAUUGACUGCGGAAGAAAAUAGAUAAUAUUUAGAAGAGAAAUAAAAGAGAUUAGAGGAGAAGGAGAAAAAAUAUAAAUUAUAGAAAUUAGAAGAAAGUAUGGCUAGUGAUUUGAAUAGAAGCUAAAUUAAAAAGAAAUGAAAGAUUAUUAUAUUAUAAUAUAUAC